AGCCCAAGGUUGCUCGUUGUUCUUCGAAAGUGACGCAACAAUGUUUCCAGAAAUGGGAAAAAAUAAAGGAGCAAAAAGGGGGAAUAAAGAAAAAGAAAAGGGAAAAAAAUGAGUUGACCCGCGAAUUUUUUAAUCGGGUGGGGCCCACAUACUCUUAACCAAAGGUACUAAAUUCUUUAACCCAUGGUACUGAAUUCUUUGACUGAUUUAUUUUUUUUGGCCGGAAUUCUUAACUCAGUACCCAAAAGCAAAGUAAAAAUAAUUGAGUACCUAAACGGUGAAAAAAGGAAGAAUUGAGUACCUAAUUUUGUGUUUUAACUCUAUAAAAUCAUGAGAAAACCGAUAAUGCCACGAGUCAUAUAGACAUGAGAGAAUGAAAUUUUCGUACGCAGCAAUCUCAAUUCCAACAAGGACAGUGACCUUCAAAACUUAAACCCCAUUUAUUUUUUUUUUAUUUUUUUUUUUUAAUUUAAUAAAAUUAAACUAAAACCCUCCCUCUCUUUCUCUCCACUCUCCAAACUCCACGCUUCAUACUCAACUACACUAUAUUCUCUCUUCUCAAUCUUCCUCUCUCUCUCCAUAUUUUUUUACUAUCACUUUCUCAUUUUUGUGCAGUUCAUCUCACCAUUUUCAUUUCUAAUCUUGCUUGGCAAGUGUGAAUGUGGUUUUUUCUGGGUGAAGGCAGGAUAUCUUGCUAAUGGCAGCUAGAAUUCUAGUGAGAAGGAAAAAAUGUCUUUUAGAUUAUUUAAAUGUCCAAUUACGAUAUAUCCAGAUUUACCAGAGUGCUAGCCCUGACCAGUCCAGUCAGUAUUUUAAUUUUCGAAGUUUUAGCUCUACUGCAAACAGUGUUUCUUCAAAGACAAAUCAUGUGGAUGAGGGAAAUGCAUUUUCAUCUUUUAAUCCUAAAAGCCAAGUAACAGACUUUUCUGCACAAGAAGUGUAUAGGUCUACUCAUUAUGUAGUUAGGUCACCUGCUUAUCAAUAUGAUAGACAGAAAAAUGGGAUGCCAACGUCUAUUGCAUUGAGGUUACAAUCCAUACGUCAUGCCUCCACUGCCACAGCUGGACAACCAGAGUAUGAUGAUGAUGAAAAUGAAGAAGUUGCUGCUAAGAAGAGAAAGGAUGCAUCUCCAGAGGAAUGUGAUCAAGCUGUAGUCGGCUUAAGUAGUGCCAAAGCAAAAGUAAGAUCUAAAUUGCAGGAUUCACAAAAGAGUGCAAAGAGUGUUCUGCAUAGAGUGUGGGCUACACUUUUGGGAAUAGGUCCUGCUAUGAAAGCUAUAGCUUCCAUGAGCAGAGAGGAUUGGGCUAAAAAAAUGGUUCAUUGGAAUGAAGUUGUCAAAUCAACCGCGCGUCAUUAUUGGUUGGGCUGCAAACUGUUGUGGGCAGAUGUGCGAAUUAGUUCAAGGUUGCUUCUUAAACUCGCUGGUGGAAAAAGUCUCUCUCGAAGGGAAAGACAACAGCUUACAAGGACAACAGCAGACAUUUUUCGACUUGUUCCCCUUGCAGUUUUUGUCAUUGUCCCAUUCAUGGAGUUUUUACUGCCAGUGUUUUUAAAGUUUUUUCCAAACAUGCUUCCAUCCACCUUUCAAGACAAGAUGAGAGAGCAGGACGCCUUAAAGCGAAGACUAACUGCAAGAAUAGAAUAUGCAAAGUUUCUUCAGGACACUGUUAAACAAAUGUCCAAAGAAGUGCAAAAUUCACACAGUGGAGAGAUGAAGAAAACUGCUGAAGACCUUGAUGAGUUUUUGAACAAAGUUAGAAAAGGUGAUAGUGUCUCAAAUGAAGAAAUAUUGGGCUUUGCAAAGCUAUUCAAUGAUGAACUCACCCUUGAUAAUAUCAGCAGGCCACGAUUAGUGAACAUGUGUAAAUAUAUGGGAAUCAGUCCUUUUGGUACAGAUGCAUAUUUGCGUUACAAUCUUCGUGAUAAGCUGAAGCGAAUUAAAGCUGAUGAUAGGUUGAUUCAAGCAGAGGGUAUUGAGUCACUUUCAGAAGCUGAACUUCGUGAAGAAUGCAGAGAACGUGGCAUGCUUGGAAUAGUUUCAGUGGAGGAAAUGCGCCAGCUGCUUCGCGACUGGCUGGAUCUGUCCCUCAAUCACUCUGUCCCGUCUUCCUUGUUAAUCCUUUCCAGGGCUUUUAUGGUGUCCGGAAAGCUGAAGCCCGAAGAGGUCGUGCAGGCAACUUUGUCUUCUCUUCCAGAUGAGGUUGUAGAUACCAUUGGUGUCACAUCUUUGCCCUCUGAAGAUUCUGUUUCGGAGAGGAGGAGGAAAUUGGAAUACUUGGAGAUGCAGGAGGAGCUAAUUAAGGAUGAAGAAGAGAGGAACGAAGAAGAUGCCGAGACCAAAGGCUCUGCAAAGGAUGACAUAGAUGUUGCAUUGAAAGAGAUGAACAUCACAACAGCAAGAGAAUCACAAGAACAAGCAAGAAUAAGAGCAGCUGAAAAACAAGAACAGCUCUGUGAACUCAGUCGUGCAUUGGCUGUUUUGGCUUCUGCUUCUUCAGUGAGCGGGGAACGUGAGGAGUUCCUGAGGCUCGUCAACAAAGAGAUAGAUCUGUAUAAUACCAUGGUUGAGAAAGAGGGUACUGAUGGUGAAGCCGAUGCUCUGAAAGCGUAUAAAGCUGCUCGAGAAGAAAGUGACCAUGCUGCUGAAGUAGCUGUUCGGGACAAGGCUUCAUCAGCUCUCAUAGAACAGGUUGAUGAGAUGCUUCAGAAACUGGAAAAAGAAAUUGACGAUGUGGAUGCCAAAAUAGGUGAUCGCUGGCAGCUACUAGACAGGGACUUUGACGGGAAAGUGACACCUGAGGAAGUGGCUGCUGCUGCUAUGUACUUGAAGCACAGAUUUGGCAAGGAGGGUGUUGAAGAGUUAAUUAGCAACCUUGCAAAAGAUAGAGAUGGAAAGAUUCUUGUUGAAGACAUUGUCAGAUUGGGCCACCGAGCUGAGGAUGACAACACAACUGAGCCAGAGAGACGAGACUGAUAUCAAGGCUUGCCUUUACCUUUUAUAUUGAUGCUCUAGCUUCCCCCAUCCUAUAGGUUACCAUUUAA